GUGACAGAAUGGCGCGCGGCGCAGGCUGGCACACUGUACUCGGGAGGUUGAGAGAGAUGGAGGUGGUGGUGGUUGUGGUGGUGGUGCCUUGGUCAGGGCCGAAGGUGGUAGUGGUGGAGGAGGACGUAGAGGAGAGGGAAGGCUGGCCUGGAGAUGCUGCUGGGGCCUGCGCGGUGCUGGUACUGUGCAGAGCAGACAGGGCAGGGCCGGUCUGUGCUGCGCGUCUGGAUGGGGGGGACGUGGAAGGAGGGUGCUUGGCUAGGGCCAGUCGAAAGUGUUGGCAGGUGGGCUUGGCUGGGGGGUUGGCCGUCCCGGGCUCAGUGGGCGGCGGUGCGGGCAGUACACAGUACAGGGGUCGCUGGCUUGGGGCGCGCAGUGGAAGCCCAGCAGAAGACGGAACGAAUCUGUGGCGCAAAAGAUACGGAAGCCGGCCAUGUACAAGGGGAGUAGGUGUUUCGCUCCGACAGGUAGAUAGAGACGAAGAGAAAAAGAGCCCAAUGUUGGGAGGGAGCGGGAAAGGAAGGGCAAAAAGGUUGAUUGGUGGUCGCCACUGGCUGGUCGUAACUCAAGACGGCGCAGUGGUCGCGGUUGUUUCAAAAAACUCUGUUGUCGGGCAGAGGCGAGAGAGAGAGUGUGUGCGUUUUGCUAUCGUUCACCGUCAAUAAAGCGUGUCCUGGGAGAAUCUAGCCUGCCUACGCGUAGUAUUCAGGACCUGCUGGACAAUGGCACACGGGCAAGCAGUUGUCGAAACAGUAGCCCACGGAGGUACCCAGUUUGGCGGGGAGGCCAUUCGUUCCAUUGAUGCUCCGAAACAAUAGAAAUAGACUCUUGUCCGGGUUGGCUCUGGGUCGCCAGCUGGCUGGCGCUUGAGGCCCUUACUGGAUUCGACUGGGCCAGGAGCAGCCGCUGCACAGAUGACGAAUGGAUGCCAUUCCUCGUCCGCUCUUCCACACGCGCACGCACUCGCACAAGGGAC